CCGAGCUGCGCUGAGUGCGGGCGGGGACAGGUGGCGACUGGACCUCAGCGUCGCUCUUGACUCUAGCUUGCCUUUUAGGAUUUGGAGCAGGGAGCUCGAAACCGGACGUAGGAAACUAGGGUUUGAAUGCUGACUUUGUUGACAACUCGUCGCGAGGCUUUGUCCAGGUGCCUGGCCCUCGAUGGGCCUCAGUUGCUCCUUCUAUAAAAUUCAUGGCAGAAUCCCUCAAAGUGUGGCCUGCCAACGCCCCCUGCCCCCAGAAUCUAUUGUUAACUAGAUCACUGAUAACUAAACUACUAUUAAACAUGCAGUUUCCCGGACUCCAUUCCAGACCUGAGGCCCUGCGGGGAUCUGUGUUUCUAACAACGUUCUCCAGUAAUCCCCAUGAACUCCUUUGAAAACCUGAGGAUUAGAUGGUAUCUGAAGGCCCCUCCCCUCAGACGAUCUCGCCCUGGAUCGAGGCUGUGAGGCGUAUAUGUAGACUUGCCUGAGUUGGGGUGCCCAAUAAUACGACUCCAAUAAUAAUACCAUCCCGCUCCCAACUUCUCUGAAGAUGCCCCAUUUCUAGUCCGGGGUGGGUAUCAUUAUCACGAGCCCAUCUGAGCAGGGAACCGAAACCCAGGGAGAGAACGCAUCUUGCUCUAGAUCACAAAGCCAGUAGAAGGUAGAGCCAGAGUUCAAAGCAGGCCUGAGGACUCCCAGUCCAGUGCUCUCCCCAAGCCUCGCGCGUCCGCCUGCAUUAUGGGAGGGCGAGUGUCCUGGCGGAGGUGGAGCCCCUGCCGGCCGGGGGCCCGAGUUCUGCCCAGGAAGGGGCUGGCCACCCACGGUCCACUGCCCUACUCCGGCACAGGACCCGGGGAGUGAGGGGUGGUCGCCGAGAACUGCGACCUGGCUCCCGGCUCCUGCUGGGGACGGGACCAGAUCCGAGCGACAGGCGAGCGGGCCAAUGCCGGGCGGGUUCUGGGCCUGACAACCAAUCGGAGGCCGGGGCCAAGGAGCGCGCAGCGAGGAGGGGCGCUGGAACGUCGCGGACCCGCCGUGGGUCCCUGCCCUGCCUGCCCCGGCCCAAGGUGGCACAGCAGGUGCUCGCAGCUGCGGGCGGUGGGCCGUAGCGAGGCCCAGCCCGCGGAUUGGAGCAGACAGAGAGGGCGGUCCUCUGGUUGGACCCGCCACCCCUCAUCCUGGGGCCUGGGGGUUACCCCUCGCCCCGGCCUCCUGCCGGUCACCACCACCCCUAGCCUCUCCGGCUGAGCUCCGCGCCCCAGAGAGGAUUAAGUAAGUGCUGAGGUCGCCGCUUCUGUGCAAGAAUGGAGAAAUCACAGUCGCGGAACCGGGAUGGGGAUUGGGGCAGGGAGGACUGAGAAACCCGGUGGAGAACGGAAUGCGGGUUCUCAGAGGUCGUUCCGACCCCUUUCACCCUGGCUUCCUUCUCUUGCUGUUUGAAUCCUGAGACAGUCCCGGACAGUGAUGAGCAGGGCCUUUUCUCUCCUCUGGAUGGAGGAGUAAACUGAGCCCCAGAGCAAGAGUUAAGGGGCUGCCCCAAGGUCACGCCUGGGGUCAGUGGCAGAGCCAAGAAAGAAUCUGGGACUCCUGGUGUUCCCAGACUAGCUGGAGGGAGAGGGCAGAGAGGGAUGAGCCUCUCCCAUCCCAUGUCCCUCUGUCACGCUUGCCCCUUCCUAAGGGGCCGUCAUGGGUGUGUGCACACCUCACACAUACCCAUGCACCUGCACAGGGAGGGACCCCACAUAUACCCACGAGCUAGCACAAGGAGGUAUGUGUGCAGCAUGAGCUGUGUAUCCCUCCUCUCCCUAGGCUUGCCAUUCUGCAGCUUGGCUGGGGCCCCUUCCCAUCCUGCCUUACCCGGGCCCUCUGGCCUGGGAAGACCUAAGCCACAUCCUGGGCUGGAUAUAUCUCCCAUAUUCUGCUCCUGAGGGAGGAGGGAAGGGGAGGAGAAGCAUGUCAGAGUUCCAUCCCUGAUGGCGUUCCAUCCCUGCCUCAGAAGAUAUGCUUCUCUUGCUUUUCUCCUUGUCCCUGGCAGCCCCUAGCUCUCCUAUAGGGGGUCCAAUGACCCCAAGAGCCUGCAGAGAAGCCUUGCCAGAGGAACUCACUUUAACCUCCCUCUCCUUCCUGUCUUCUGGUCUCUCCGCACCUGUCCCCACCCCCACUCCAAGCACAGCCUGGACCACACAGCGGGCUGGGUCCAGGGGCUUGGUGGCUCCCCCUUUCCUAACUGGGUUGGACAAGAGGGAAGAUCUGACAUUUAUUGGGUGCUUACUGUGGGCAGAGGCUAUGCUGAGCUACGUCUUUUCUGGGGACUGGUUCAUCCUGACAUUUCAGUGACGCUAUGACCCUGUGAGGGAGGCAUUCUUAAUAUCCCCACCUUGGACUCAGGAGAACUGAGACAUAGAGUUGGAGACACUUGCCUAGGGUCAUCCAGUUAAGUGGCUGAGCUGGAAUUCAAAGAUAGGCCUGUCUGCCCCUUGGGCCAGUGUUUCCCUCCAGAAAAGGAAAAAGCUGCAGUAUUUUUUUCCCCCGGGCAGGAGGUGAGGGCUAUGGGGGGCAGGGAGUGAAGAGGGGAGGAGCGUGGGGAGUAGGGGGUGGAGGUGGGGUAUUACACAGGGAAGAAACUUUUUCUUUCUAACCUCCCCACUGCCUUUCAUAUCUUCCAAGUCUGUUCACUAUGAUCAUCCUACCCACAAAGAGGGAGCAGGGCUUCAUUUUUGUGUUCCUAAAUCCACAUGGGAACCAUGGAUAUGUAAAGCACAUGUCUUGAUGUUCCCUGAACUUGCCCUUGCCCUCGAACUUUUAUUUCCCCAGUGCCUUCAGAACUUAGGGAGACUUCAUCUCGCAACCAAGUCCCAUCCUCAGGCUCAUGUUUUUAUUCUUUCCUUUCUAGCACCCACGGAGGCAGGGAGUUCCCUUUAUCCAAGGAGGUGGCUGCCAGCAUGGGUGGUGGGGGCCACAGGCUGGAACACUCCUGAUGUCAGAAGUGACUGGGCAGGCUGACUGACCACAAGCAGUCUCUCAGCAGGGGCCGUCUCAGAGGCAGCAUGAACUCCAGGAUUCCGUCUGCUAGGGGCUGGUUCAGCAGCCGCCCACCCACCUUGGAGCCUGCCCUGGAGCCUGCCACAGAUGGGCCAGCCUCUGAGACCACCACCCUCAGCCCAGAAGCCACCAGCUUUAAUGACACCAGAAUCCCUAAUGUGGCUGGUGGCUCGGCCGGCGUGGGCACAAUGCUUCUGUCCUUUGGGAUCAUCACAGUGAUUGGCCUGGCUGUGGCCAUGGCACCUGCCCUGGAUCAAGCCUUUGGGACCACAGGAACUAGGGAGAGAAGCUCCUGCCCUGUGGUUCUCUCAGGGAGUGGGAGACAGGUUUUGUACAUCAGGAAGAAGAAGAGGCUUGAGAAGCUACGCCACCAGCUCAUGCCCAUGUACAACUUUGACCCCACGGAGGAACAAGAUGAACUGGAGCAGGAGCUGCUGGAAUACGGGCGGGACGCUGCCUCUGUGCAGGCUGCUGCCUCCGCGCAGGCCACACAGGGCAAGACCACUCUCCCCUCUCAAGGCCCACUGCAGAGGCCCAGCCGGCUGGUGUUCACUGACGUAGCCAAUGCCAUCCAUGCAUGAGUGGCCUGGGAACAGGCCUGGACCUCUGAUGAAGACACCUGCCACAGUGCCCACAGAGCUGCCCACUCCGUGAUUGUUAAGACCUACUCUCAGGACCUGCAGUGCCAAGGCCCCAGCUGUUCCGAGGACCCACCUGCUGACUCUCCAGGCUAUAAGAGAGGCCCUUGGCCAGGCUGGGCAUGUGGCCAGUGAUGAUCCCUGAUCUGAGGGCCCUGGCAUGGAGGGCAUCCCUUAUGUCAGGGAGGUUGAGAGUCACUGCUGGCUUCUUUGUGUCCUGCCCAGACCCCUCACAUCAGGGUCUGCUCCUCUAAUGUAGAGGAAAUGUGUGGAGAAAUUUGGAAUCUAGAGCCUCCUCUGGGAUGGGGAGAGGCAACCACCCAGGUCUUGGGGACAGGGUGUGGUGGCACCCUGGGAGAGGCCCAGGGAUGGAGCUAAAACUGCCCAGUGGGCAAGGAUGCCAGGAGGAGGGCUGCUUGUACCCAAGAUCCAUCCAUAUUCCAGAGGGCCCAUGAGGUCUCCCAGCCACCCCUCCCUGGCAGCCAGCUGUUAGCUGGACCCAAGCUAGGCUGGGAGCCGAGGGGGAAGAGGGGGAACUGGUGUGGAGGGAUGCAGUGCCCAGACCUGCAGAAAGGCCUCAUGCAUGUGCAUGAAUGUGCCCACUUGCCCGUGUGGGCCUGUCCCAGCACAGUGGCCAGGAUGGAGACCCUCUGCAUUGGCUUUACCCUCCAAAUCGACCCCCACCCCAUGGUAUGUGGAGGAGCAUCAGGGUAGCCACCUUUUCUGCCUUUGAUGUUCAGGGACGGAAAGGAGAAGGACGCAAAGGCAAGGCUUCUGCUGCCCACCACAUCUCUUCUCUGGGCUCUGAAAGCCAGGGAACCUGCUUCUGAAAACGGUUCCCUGUCCUGGCGUAUAUUGGAGAUCUGGGGUUGGGGGAGAAGCUAUUGGUCUGAGGGCAGUAGUCACAGGCUGUGGGCCAGCAGAGGAUGUUCUGACUACCUGAAACGGGGUGGGGAUGACCCCUUGGGAAACAGCUAAAAAGUCUAGUCUGUUUUUUGAUCACCCAGCCCACCCACCUGUUGUCUACCCACGCCACGCCCCUCAGGAAUUCUACCAGUCUAGGGGAUCUGGGAAAGGCAUUGGGCCAAGCCAGACCCCAAAAGCUGGGCACUUUUUCUAUGCUGGGCAUGCAUGCGCACAUGAGCAUGCACAGAAGCAUGCCCCUAUGCCCAGCCUCACCACCUUCUCGGUCCUCCGCUGGUUGGAGGGGACACGGGGGCGGCAUGUACAAAUCUUCUGUUGGGCAAAUACCACGUGUCAGGAUGUGAGGGCCUAGGAGGCCCACAUGGGGAAGAUUCUGGAUUUAUUCCCUCCUCUAGAUGCUAUAAAUAUGUUAGCACUUGAGCCAAGUGGAGGGCUGUGGGUAAUUUAGAAUGCACAGAAGCUGUAAUUUAACUCACAGCAUCUCCAUGUGAAAGCAUUAAAGAUGUAAUUAAGAUGUUUA